AUGGGGGAAGAGGAGGCGGCCCGCGGGACCCGGCGGGAGCUGCUGCCCGAGCUGGUGCGCGAGGCCGACACCAGCUUGCUGGAGUGCAAGGUGUGCUUUGAGAGGUUCGGCCACCGCCAGCAGCGGCGCCCGCGCAACCUGCCCUGCGGACACGUGGUGUGCCUGGCCUGCGUGGCCGCCCUGGCGCACCCGCGGACGCUGGCCCUCGAGUGCCCCUUCUGCCGGCGAGCCUGCCGGGCCUGCGACACCAGCGACUGCCUGCCGGUGCUGCACCUGCUGGAGCUCCUGGGUUCCACCCUGCACCAGGCCCCGGCCGCUCCGAGCGCCGCCCCGAGCACCCCCGGGACCCUCACCUGCCAGCACGCGUUCGGCGGAUGGGGGACCCUGGUCAACCCCACGGGGUUGGCCCUGUGUCCCAAGACGGGACGGGUUGUGGUGGUGCACGAUGGCAAGAGGCGGGUUAGGAUCUUUGACUCCGCGGGUGGCUGUGCCCAUCAAUUUGGAGAGAAGGGGGAGGCCGCGCAGGACGUGAGGUACCCACUGGACGUCACGGUCACCAACGACUGCCACGUGGUGCUCACCGACGCCGGCGAUCGCUCCCUCAAAGUAUUCGAUUUCUUUGGGCAGAUCAAGCUGGUUAUCGGAGGCCAGUUUUCCUUGCCUUGGGGUGUGGACACCACCCCUCAGAACGGGCUGGUGGUCACGGAUGCUCAGGGCGGGUCUCUGCACCUCCUGGAAGUCGACUUCGCGGAUGGGGUUCUUCGGAGAACCGAGAGGCUGCAGGCGCAGCUGCGCAACCCCCGCGGGGUGGCCGUGUCGUGGCUCUCUGGGGCCAUGGCGGUCCUAGAGCAUCCCUCGGCCCUGGAGACCGGGCCCUGCAACACAAGGGUGAAGGUGUUCAGCUCUACCAUGCAGCUGAUCGGCCAGGUGGAUACCUUCGGGCUGAGCCUCUUCUUCCCCUCCAGAAUAACCCUGUCGGCCGUGACCUUUGACCACCAGGGCCAUGUGAUCGUGGCAGACACUGCAGGCCCAGCCAUCCUGUGCUUGGGGAAACCUGAGGAGUUUCCAGUACUGAAGCCCAUGGUCACUCACGGGCUCUCUUAUCCUGUGGCACUGGCCUUUACCAAGGAGUACUCUCUUCUUGUGCUGGAUACCGCAUCGCAUUCUAUAAAAGUCUAUAAAGCAGACUGGGGGUGA